CGCCUCCCCGCUGACAAGCACGGGUCGCGCGGAGCAAAGCGAGCACCCCGAGGCGAGUGCGCCCGGCAAGCCGAGGCGUGCCCUUUCCAAGGCGGCGAGCAGAGGCCGUCACUGUCCCCGCCGGGUCCCGGGCCCCCGCGGCCCAUGCUGGGGGCGGAGCCAGGGCGGAGGGCGGCGGCGCGGCCGGCCCCGCGCAGUGAUUGGCGGGCGGCCGGCGGUGGCUGAGGUCCUGGUGGCCGCGCGGGCAACGCAGGCGGAGUCGCGGCUGGCGAGCCGAGAGGAUGCUGCUGUCCCUGGUGCUCCACACGUACUCUAUGCGCUACCUGCUCCCCAGCGUCCUGUUGCUGGGCUCGGCGCCCACCUACCUGCUGGCCUGGACGCUGUGGCGGGUGCUCUCCGCGCUGAUGCCCGCCCGCCUGUACCAGCGCGUGGACGACCGGCUUUACUGCGUCUACCAGAACAUGGUGCUCUUCUUCUUCGAGAACUACACCGGGGUCCAGAUAUUGCUAUAUGGAGAUUUGCCAAAAAAUAAAGAAAAUGUAAUAUAUCUAGCGAAUCAUCAAAGCACAGUUGACUGGAUUGUUGCGGACAUGCUGGCUGCCAGACAGGAUGCCCUAGGACAUGUGCGCUACGUACUGAAAGACAAGUUAAAAUGGCUUCCGCUGUAUGGGUUCUACUUUGCUCAGCAUGGAGGAAUUUAUGUAAAACGAAGUGCCAAAUUUAAUGAUAAAGAAAUGAGAAGCAAGCUGCAGAGCUAUGUGAACGCAGGAACACCGAUGUAUCUUGUGAUUUUCCCAGAGGGAACAAGGUAUAAUGCAACAUACACAAAACUCCUUUCAGCCAGUCAGGCAUUUGCUGCUCAGCGGGGCCUUGCAGUAUUAAAACACGUACUGACACCAAGAAUAAAGGCCACUCACGUUGCUUUUGAUUCUAUGAAGAGUCAUUUAGAUGCAAUUUAUGAUGUCACAGUGGUUUAUGAAGGGAAUGAGAAAGGUUCAGGAAAAUACUCAAAUCCACCAUCCAUGACUGAGUUUCUCUGCAAACAGUGCCCAAAACUUCAUAUUCACUUUGAUCGUAUAGACAGAAAUGAAGUUCCAGAGGAACAAGAACACAUGAAAAAGUGGCUUCAUGAGCGCUUUGAGAUAAAAGAUAGGUUGCUCAUAGAGUUCUAUGAUUCACCAGAUCCAGAAAGAAGAAACAAAUUUCCUGGGAAAAGUGUUCAUUCCAGACUAAGUGUGAAGAAGACUUUACCUUCAGUGUUGAUCUUGGGGAGUUUGACUGCUGUCAUGCUGAUGACGGAGUCCGGAAGGAAACUGUACAUGGGCACCUGGUUGUAUGGAACCCUCCUUGGCUGCCUGUGGUUUGUUAUUAAAGCAUAAGCAAGUAGCAGGCUGCAGUCACAGUCUCUUAUUGAUGGCUACACGUUGUAUCACAUUGUUUCCUGAAUUAAAUAAGGAGUUUUCUUGUUGUUGUUUUUUUGUUUUGUUUUGUUCUGUUUUAAGCCUUGAUGAUUGAACACUGGAUAAAGUAGAGUUUGUGACCACAGCCAACAUGCAUUUGAUUUGGGGCAAACACAUGUGGCUUUUCAGGUGCUGGGGUUGCUGGAGACAUGGAAGCUAAGUGGAGUUUAUGCUGUUUUUUUUUUUUUAAUGUUUUCAUGAAUUAAUCUCCACUUGUAAAGAUUAUUGGAUACUUUCUGUAAUUCAGAAGGUUGUAUUUUAACACUAGUUUGCAGUAUGUUUCGCUAUAUUGGUUAUCUUCCAUUUGACUACUUGGCAGCUCAGACUCUUAAUACUAAAGUAUUUUACAUUUUGAAGCUAUGUGAUACUGGUUUUUUGUUGUUGUUGUUGUUAGUUUCUGAAAGUCAAUGAAAGACACUGUAAUGAUGCGUUAAGAUGUUCCAAGAAAAAGGUGAGAAUUAUUCAUGGCAAAAAAGAUCUGUCUAGUGUAUAUUUUUAUUAUAUUGCUCUAUUUAGCUAAUUUUCUUUAUAUUUGCAAAAUAAUGAACAUUUUUAAUAUUUAUUAAAAUGCUUGAUUUGCAUACCCCCGAUUCUACAGAGAAUAAUGUGUAAAGUGUCAGAAUAGACUUGAAGCUCUGCUGUGACUCAGUCUCCUUUGUCAGAGCUUCUAGUAGCCCAGCUACUGAGCUGCUUUGUUAGUACCUCCAGCACCUGAGCCGUUAAGUACUUAUAAAUGCAAGGGACCCGUUAUCUUCAUAUCGGAAUAGACAUGAACAGAGCUCUAAGGCGAUGAAAGUCUGCCAGCAUCCUCUCUGUCCUCGCACGUGCCUUCUGCCUGGCUCCAUUUGCUUUGGCACUGCGUUCGAUCUAGAGUGUAGGUGCUCACUGCUUAUUUCAGCCCUGGCUCUGUGGUUUUGUGUCCUCCAGUGGUGCUGUUCACUGUUGGGGUGCAGGUGGUGCUGCCCUGACUCAGAGGGGCAGCUCCCUGGCUCCUGAGGGUGAGCCUUCUUGGCUACUACAGAAGUAUUGUGCGUUUGUUUAUGGCAAGAACCAUCAGGAUUGGAUAAAUGUGUUAUUUCUCUUUGAUUUCCAUGGAGCCACACUGUUGGUACAUGUCCCCUGUGAACAGAGCUACCUUUCAGGAGCACAUCAUACUGUCGUGAGUCACGGCACGGUGUGUCCUGUGAGAAGAGGCUUUCUAACGUGUGAUUUGCCGUGUUUCUAUGUUGUGAUUUAAGCGUGAUUGCCUACUAGUCAUUCAAGGUAACAUUUCUGCAAAUUUCAUACAGAUUUUUGUCACAAAAUUACUAUACCAAUGAUCUAGUUGAAAUAGACCAAUUGAAUCACAAUAAAUAAUUUUUUUUAAUUGAGGGAAAAUUUGCUUCUUGUUUUUUCAAAGCCAGAAAACGAGCCAUUUCAAACAUCUUUGAAGAGUCAUGUGCUGUCACUUGUUUUCUAUGUGUUAGUGUCUAUAUUCAUGUAUGGAUACACAUGAACAUGUAUAUUCAUACACACACGCCAAUAGAAUAUAACAGCCUAAAAACAAUCCAGCUUGUGUAUCAUGUUACUGUGCUGAAUUGUAAUGGUUUUUACUUACAAAGUGAGGCUAAAAUCGAUUUCAUGUCUUUGUUAAAUACGUUUUUUCAGCAAUCCUAUUAGAGCUUAUUUUGACCAGAUCAAAAUAAGUACAAGUUCAGAGACUUUAAAUAUGGCUGAGGUCUAGAGCGAUAGCUCAGUAGUUAGGAACACAUGCCACUCUUUCAAGGGCUUCAGUUCCCAGCACUCAUAUGGAGGCUCACAGAAGGCUGGAAUUCCAGCUUCAUGGAAUUGGACACAUCCUCUAGCUUCCAUGGAUCUGUCUGUCUGUCUCUCCCUUCUCUCUCUCUCUCUCUCUCUCUCUCUCUCUCUCUCUCUCUCUCUCACUCACUCUUUAAAUAUCAUGGAUAUGCUGUGCAUUUAAAUUUUAAGACACAGAACCAUUGGAAUUACAUGGAUUAUAGCUGAUUCUCUUUGAACAGGGCACAGUGUUCUGCGUAAGAUCUCUUGAUCAUUAGCACUGGACUCACUCUCCUCACAAGUAGCCUAUCAAAUGUGGUAUUAGAAAAUACAUUGUGUCAAAAUCUUUGAAAGAUGAGAAGAAUCUCCUAAACAUGUUUAUUUUGACUUGACAUCACUAUUUCCUGAAAAUUAACUGUCUAUGAUUCUUUUCACAUAGUGUAAGAUCUUACUUGUAUCACCAUCAGCUUGCAGCUUAGGGGCUGCAGUUGUUCUCCUUCAUAAGACUGCCAUCCGUGUGCAUGCUUUUAUGUUUUUCAGAAAGGAUGUUGGGAUGAAAGUAAGAAAACAAAUAAAGUCUCUUCUUGUCUCUC